CCCGAUUUCUCGAAAAUUCUUAAGUUAUAAAGAUUAAAUUAAGACUUAAACCCCAUUUAGUGGUUAAGCUAAGUACUGCAACUUAAACCGAUUUCUUAAACGAGUUGAGCGAAGAGUUUAGCUAAGCGAUUUUUAUGCGAUUAUCUUGCCGAUAGUUUUGGGUACAAUCGGUACUCUUCCAAAAGUCGUCUGUUUACAAACAAAACAAAAUGGCCGAAGAAAAAACCAAGAAACGCUGUCAAAAUUGGUCCAAGUCAGAAAAGGCCUUUGCCUUAGAACUGAUCAAAUCCCAGGAAGAGAUUUUUGAGCGAUUUCAAGGGGCAAAUCAAGGCAAGCUGAAGAAGAAGCUGUGCUGGGAGAAAAUCGCCCUGGAUUUGAACGCGUCAGGCGUAUGCUCAGAAAAUCGGGGCGUGGAGGAGAUCAAAACGAUGUUUAAGAACUCUAAGAACAGUGUGCGUAGUAAAGUCGACGAUUCAAGAUCAACUGGCCAUGGAAGGGUGGACUUCUCCAUUGAAGAAGAGAUCGUGGCCGGUAUUCUUCGCGAUCGAAAUCCACACCAACUGGACGGAAUACCGGGGGGUAUGGAAAGCACAUUCGAGAAGGAGAACAGGCCGCCAAAAGAGGGUCAACCGUCCUCUUCAACAGCCACCUGCAGCGUGCAGAAAUACUCCCCACCUGCAGCUGUCACCACGGAGCCAUGUUCCAGUGGCAUAUCAAACGGGAAUGUACUAUACGAGAUACUCUUGGAGUCGGAUGUUUCUACAGGAGUGACACCAGAGAAAAACAGAGGCAAGAAAUCAAUGAAGAAACGGAAGGUUGAUGUGGAGGAAGAGUUAUACGAUCUUGAAAGCCGACGAAUUACCAGCGAGAUUAGAGCCUGGGAGGCAAAGAAGAUUUACUAUGAAAAUAAAAUUGUCCAAGAAAAGGAAAUACAUGAACUCAACAAAAUACUUAUAUUGAAACAAAUAGACAAUUUCUUGCCAUAA